AUGACGCAGGGAGGGCUGAGGGUGGGAGGCGGUGGGGUGGGGUGGCCCCCUCCCGCUGGCCACGCGGCCGGUAAUACGAGUGCGCCUAUGCGAGGCAUGUAUCUUGAACGGGCUGAUAUAACAGAGAAUUAUCAAUCCAAGUCCUAUAUCUGCAAAUGUUCAUGGACGGUGGUCAUCGCGUACCAUCAAGUGAUCCGCCAGCCAAAAAUGAGACGCGAGUUUGGUCAGUACGAAGACCCCCAUUUGAAUAUUGUUAAAGUCAGUUUAGCGAGCGACAUCGUUCCCCUCGCAUUUCACCGCCUCAGGGCGGUGGACUGGGGCACCGUCCGAAGAGACGGUCAUAACAUCUUCACUAAACUGAUCCGUACUCGCAAUCCACGGGACAUUGAAGGCCAGGAGCUGCCAGGGCCGGGAAAGCAGCGGCUAUCGAGAUGCCUCACUACCGCGGAUCUCACUUCACUGGGAGUGGGGUCGUGCGUUGGAACGGGGAUGUACUUGGUGGCGGGAAUGGUCGUGCAGAAGUUUGCAGGCCCUGGAGCAGCUCUGAGUUUCAUCAUCGCAGCUGUGGCGAGCAUCUUCUCUGGUGUCUGCUAUGCUGAAUUUGGGGUUCGUGUACCAAACACCACGGGAUCUGCAUAUACCUACUCCUACGUGACCGUUGGCGAAUUCAUUGCGUUCAUCAUUGGCUGGAAUAUGCUUCUGGAAUAUCUGAUUGGUACCAGCGCCUGCGCCCGCGCACUGAGCGCCUGUUUCGACGCUUUGUGCGAUGGAGCUCUGACCAGCUACUUUGCUCUUCAUGUCGGCACAGUCUUUGGCAAACCUCCGGACUUCUUGGCUUUUACCAUUACGAUUCUGAUGACUAUGGUGUUGGUCGCUGGGGUGAAGAAAUCGCUGUUCUUCAACAACGUGCUGAACAUCAUCAAUGCGAGCGUUUGGGUGUUCAUCAUCACAGCGGGACUGUUUUACGCCAAGUGGGAUAACUGGUCUGCGCAUAAUGGUUUCCUACCAUAUGGAUGGAGCGGGGUAUUCACGGGGGCGGCGACAUGCUUCUACGCUUUUAUUGGAUUUGACAUCAUCGCCACAACAGGCGAGGAGGCGACUAAUCCGAAGCGAUCCAUCCCUCUGGCCAUUGUAUCUAGUCUUGGCAUCAUUCUUCUGGCGUACGUGAGCUGCUCUCUAAUGCUCACGCUUAUCGUGCCAUAUGAUCAAGUAUCAACAGAGUCAGCUCUCGUGGAUAUGUUUGGAUUUGUUGGAGCGCCCACUUGCAAGUACAUCGUCGCAUUGGGUGCGCUAGCCGGCCUGACUGUCUCCAUGUUUGGGUCGAUGUUCCCGCUCCCCCGAGUGGUAUACGCAAUGGCCCAAGAUGGACUCAUCUUUAGGCAAUUGGCUGUUAUUUCGGAAACAUCUGGCACUCCAGCGUUUGCUACGGUGUGCGGAGGAAGCGUAGCCUCUGUGGUUGCUCUCAUGAUUCAACUAGAGGUCCUUGUUGAGAUGAUGAGUAUUGGUACUCUUCUGGCUUACACUCUGGUGUCAACUUGUGUUCUGAUCCUGCGUUACCAGCCGCAUUCAACUAAUCUCAUUGAACUUCUGCCGCAAAGUCUACGAACGCCGGUGGACCCUGAGGGAACAGCGUCGGGACAACAAGAAACAACCUUCGUUGCUACCACCCAGACCCACAUCAUGCCACCAACCCAACGCGUAAUGGUACGCCGCGUAACGCGCAGCUCACCGGAUUCUGAUGAUACUCUGCCCGGAGACGAGAGCGAGGAAUACGGCCGCGAUGACACUUUUCUUGUGAAUUCCAACUCGGAGAAUAAGUUCUAUGGAGCAGUUCCUGGGGGAUGUACGGGCGCAUCCCGAUGCCAACGGUUCUUCGACGCAGUGUACCGUCAACUGUUCGCGAUGUCCUACCUGUGCCCUGGCCUGCUGCCGUGGGUGGACUGCGGUCCAGCCACAGAACAGAGUGGAAUGUUCGUGAUCAAGGCCGUAGGUGUGAUGUACGGAUUUGUUCUGGUCUUCGACAUCCUCGCGGCUUACAGUAACCCGGGAACCUCCACCGUCACUACCGUCGUCAUGGUGCUGCUAGCUCUGGGAAUCAUCACCAUCCUUCUGAUGAUCUCGCGCAAACCACAGAACCGUCAAUCGCUGAUCUACAUGACGCCUGGAGUACCGUUCGUUCCGGCCAUCGCUGUAAUCGUGAAUGUCUACCUGAUCCUCAACCUGUCUAUUCUGACCCUCGUCCGCUUCACCGUCUGGAUGACCUUGGGCCUGAUAAUGUACUUCAAAUACGGCAUCAAGAACUCAGUAUUGGAGACGAACCCGCCAGUGGAACCGGAAGUCACCCCUCCACCACCGAACCCUCUGGACCGCACCAUGCUGCUUCCCGGCCCUACGCAGUCUUACCCCGUUGGUGACCGUAACAUCUUCCAAGGCGACGGCGCUGGACCAUUCGGAAAUGAUCAAUUCCCCGACCCGCUUCUGAGUUGGCACGUAACCGAAUUAGAGCCGAUGCAAUCCACCAGCCGCAGCACUGCAGGGAACAUUACCUUCAAGCAAGUCGAGUCACGCUACGACGCUCAGACCAAUAGCACCACAUCCCACACGUCAAGCCGACCACCCUGGGCCUAUCCUGACGUGCCUUAUGAUACCUGGGAUAACUAAAUUCUUACUAUACC